GCAUGGCUGCCUAUUUUCCUCUUCAACCAAACCAGCGGCGCUCGCAGCCAUGUCCCUCCUCCCUCCGCCGUCGCUCCUCAGUUGCCGAUGCGGAAACCGGAGCCUGUCAAGCGUUCGUGCUACUAAUGCAUUCAGCCGCUUCAAAGCUUCAUGGCAAGAGGUUGCCGGCGUUUUGGUGUUCUCCGCGAUUCCAUUCACUGCCGUGAAAGCCAUUGCCAACAGUUCACUUGGGGAGGCGCUUCAGAGGCGGAUGGAGGAGAAGAAGAAGCUUUAUCAGGAUAAUUCUGCAAAGUUGAAGACGCUCUCAGACAAGGCAAGAAAGGAGAGUGUGUGGUAUGGGGAGGGUCGCCCUCGCUGGCUUGGUCCAAUCUCAUAUGAAUAUCCAGCCUAUCUCAAUGGUGAACUUCCAGGGGAUUAUGGUUUUGAUAUUGCAGGUUUGAGUCAGGAUCCCGUCGCCUUGCAGAAAUAUUUCAAUUUUGAAGUAUUACAUGCAAGGUGGGCUAUGCUUGCUGCACUAGGUGCUUUAAUUCCAGAAAUACUAGACCUAAUUGGAGCAUUCCAUUUUGUGGAACCUGUUUGGUGGCGAGUUGGCUACUCAAAGCUUAAGGGUGAUACAUUAGACUACCUGGGCAUCCCUGGUCUCCAUGUUGCCGGGAGUCAAGGAGUGGUUAUCAUAGCCAUCUGUCAAGCGCUUCUUAUGGUUGGUCCCGAAUACGCCCGAUAUUGUGGUAUUGAAGCUCUGGAGCCAUUGGGAAUUUAUUUGCCGGGUGACAUAAAUUAUCCAGGAGGCGCGCUUUUCGAUCCCUUAAAUCUUUCCAGCGAUCCAGAGUCUUUUGAGGAACUAAAAGUGAAAGAGAUUAAAAAUGGGCGACUUGCCAUGGUUGCCUGGUUAGGCUUUUAUAUUCAAGCAGCUCUUACCGGCAAAGGUCCUGUACAAAACCUGCUUGACCACAUAGCAGACCCUCUGCACAACAAUCUGCUCUCUACUUUAAAAUCUCUGUAGCACACCUUACAUCAUUUGUACAUUCUGUAUAUAUCUGAUCCUCAAAUUCAUCACCUGAAAUUAUUUCCCUUGUACACUUUCACUUCAUGUGGCUCACUGACUCGUACUUUUGUCCAAAUUACCUAAUUUUAAGAGUUCUA